UGUCCCGUGUGUUUACCCCUUAUACGACAGCAGAGGGCGUUGCAAAGGGAGAGGCUUCACUCUGGCUGCAGCUGGAGAUGCAAACAAGGACGAGAAAGAAGUGCGAGAGCACAGUCUGACAUCUUCCCGAAGUUGUGUCUGGCUGGCUGGCCUGGACACCCUGAGAGGGUGGAUGUUUGCAUGGAUGCACCAACUAUAACUGCAUGCAGAUUUAAGUAGGAUCCCGGCCUGAUGGAGAAGAGGGACAGGAAGCUGGGCUAUUUUGGCAGGCUGAAACGGCGGAGGCUGCACAGGCAAAACCAAUCGGAAAAAAGUCCAAACGAACAGAGCCCGGCAAUCAUCUCCUGUGACCGUGAUCCAAACAGGAAGACGGACCCACAGAAAGUGACAGCGAAGCCACCUGCAGGUUUGAGUGAUGGCUUUAAAAGCAAAAAUCAAGCAAAGAUGGAGAAGAAGAAGCCUCCAGGAACAGUGGAAUUCAUUGUCGGACCUGACGAUUCCCUCAACAGCAUCGCACUCAAGUUCAACAUCACCCCGAACAAGCUGGUGCAGCUGAACAAGCUCUUUACUCGCAGCGUCUACCCGGGUCAGAAGCUGUUUGUCCCUGAUGUGAGCCAAUCAGAAGCUGACCUGAAGUCGCUGAGUUCCUCUGACCCGCCUGUCAAUAACGGCUUGUCUGACAAGUCAUCACAUGAUGGCCCUCAAAGCUGCCUGUCAGGAAAUCCCCUGCGCCGUGAGCUCUCCCCAAACUCGGAGGACGAAAGCCCGGCAACAGUUAAAUUCAUCAAGAUGAGCUGCAAAUAUUUCACUGAUGGCAUGGGAGUGGUUGGAGGCGUGUUAAUUGUGACGCCCAACAACAUCAUGUUUGACCCGCACAAGUCGGACCCCCUGGUGAUCGAGAACGGCUGCGAGGAGUACGGCCUCAUUUGCCCCAUGGGGGAGGUGGUUUCUGUGGCGCUCUACGACGACGUGUCACGUAUGAAGCUCAAAGACGCUCUGCCAUCAGACCUACCCCAGGAUCUGUGUCCUGUCUACAGGCCCGGCGAGUGGGAGCAGCUGCCGUCUGAGCAGGAACUGAACCCCUUCAGCCGAUAUGAAGCCCUGGAUCCAAAGCGACCAAUAGUUUUGGAUGACAUUGAAUCCACACUCUCUGAAACUGGGAGCACAGAGGGCGAGCGGACAGAGAAGUCUCCGUCAGAUGAAGGCUUCACUGAGCUGGAGCCCACUGUCAUCGGCAGCACAGAUGAGGCAGAUGGGACUACCUGCGCUGCACCGAGCACCGUCAGCAUAGACCACCAUGAACACGUAGGACCAAACUGUCCGAGCCAGGGAGACUGCCGGGACAAGUUAAUCCUUGGACAAACUAAAGGGAAGUUAGAUGACGAGGAAGAUGAAGGUGUAGCUCAGAACAGCUUGAUCGAGGACGGAGAGUCGAUACAGUGCUCCUUAAAUACUGAGAAACAUGUAACUGAGACCAAAGAUGUCAAAUCUGAAGGACCUGAAGAGCUGCUAAAUAGUGUAGAUGAUAAAAUAAGUAAGUUGAGUCUGAAGGAGGCUGCAGGGAUUCAUGAGGAUGGAAGUCUGCAGAGACAAAGGCCAGAGACACCAGCAGAGGGCGAGGAACUCAGCGAGGAGGAGAAAAGGAAGAAAAACUAUGAGGCGGAGAUGAAGUCCUGGCUGCUGCAGAGGAUCCAGGCUCCAAUACAAGACCUGCUGCUAUCGUCAGAGGAGAAGAGCAAGAAGCCACCCAUGUUCCUCUGCUUCAAAGUUGGAAAGCCAAUGAGAAAGUCUUUUGUCACUGGGAUGACCUCGAGUCCCGCUCAGGCGUUCGGGGGCUGGGGCAAGCAGCCUGAGUACUGGUUUGCUGUGCCGCAGGAACGGGCGCACGAUCUGUAUUCAUUUUUUGUUCAGUGGUCCCCUGAUGUGUAUGGGAAAGAGGCCCGUGAGCAGGGGUUCGUUGUGGUGGAGAAAGAUGAGCUGGACAUGAUUGACGACUUCUUCAGUGACCCCGCGUCUUGCAGCUGGGAGAUCAUCACCAUUGACGAAGCUAAACGUAGGCAGAGUUUCGGCAGCUAUGACAGGGACUCGUCUAUAGAUGCACUGCCCGUUCUCAUUGAUAGCAGCGAUCUGCUGCAAGACAUGCACAUUGAGAAGCUUGCCUGUCGCCUGCCAGCUCGUGUGCAGGGAUACCCGUGGAGGGUGGCCUACAGCACCGAGAAACACGGUAGCAGCCUGAAGACUCUGUACAGGAACCUGGCAGAGGUGGAUAGUCCUGUACUGCUCGUCAUCAAAGACAUGGAUCAUCAGAUAUUUGGGGGAUUUUCGACCCAUCCCUUCAAAGUGAGUGAACACUGCUACGGCACUGGAGAGACUUUCCUCUUUAGCUUCUGCCCUGAAAUUAAGAUGUACCACUGGACAGGGGAGAAUUCUUACUUUGUGAAAGGCAAUACUGACUCUCUGCAGAUGGGAGGCGGAGGUGGUCAGCUGGGUCUCUGGCUGGACGCCGAGCUGUACCGAGGCACCACCACCAAAUGUGCCACGUUUAACAAUCCACCACUGUCCUCCCAGCAGGACUUCAACAUCCACAGUCUGGAGGUCUGGACCUUCGAGUAGUGUGUCUGUUCGCGCUCCUGCUGCAUCCACUCUCUGAUCCACAAACCCCAAAACUUUAAAGCACCCUCAAGUCUUAUUAUGCACCACUCAGAGCCAAACCUAGCUACCCACAAACGACACUGAGCUUUCUGUGAAACGUCAUCAGAAAAGCAGCUCGCAGAGUUGAGAUGUCAGUUUUGAGGUUGAGAAAGCUUAUGUCCUGUUCACUGCUAAGGUGGAAGAUGUGCUCUCAGUUCAUAGGCUACCUUCCACAUGAGACCACAACUCCAUCUUACCUAGCAUGCAGACUGCCUUGCCACCAUAAGCUUGCGGGGAGAGGACGGGACUGUUAUCCACUCUGUGGUUGUGAGAGCCAGAACCAAGCCGCUGGAGUCGCCGUUGACGUUAUCCCAAGAAGAGCUUGUUUCAUGUCUAAAUGUGAGAACGAGUCAAUUUGUGAUGCAGACUUGUCUUUGCAGAGAUAUUGAUAAUGUAGAUAUCGUUUGUAUGAUUGAGAAUGUACAAAAUUAUAAAUUGAAGAAAUUUGGAUUCCUGAUUUAUUUUUUUUCUCCUUCUUUUCUUCAAUGUUGCGAUGAACUUGAAACUUGAAGGAGAGUGGAAAUGGCCAGAGAUGAUUAUAGAUCCUACACCAUAGAAUUAACUCUGAAAAUUGUUUACAUGGGAAUAUUUUACUUCCCUUGAAAGCUGUCUUGUAUCCAAAUGACAUGAAUGAGUGUUAUUUCAUUCCUUCAUAAUUAAAUGUAAUGUUUCAUUUCCCAUUUGAUUCAAGACCACUGUUGGAGCCAGGAAAAAUGUUCAAUGACCAAAAUGUUGUUUCAUUUCUUAUUUGCUAUGAGCUCUUCAUAUUUUAUAAAGAAUAUAUAUUUUUUGAAUUUUAUUUUUACAUUCUGUUUUUACAAAUAAUCUUUUGGGGGGUUUUUUGUUGUUUUUUUUUUUUAUAUGAAUUUUAUAGAAAUGUUGCUAUAAGUACAUAUUUCUGUUCACAUCUGUUGAGUAUUUAAUAUCUCAACUCAUUUUAUGUUGAAUUUUGCUUUUGUUAGUUUUUCGGUCAUUGUUGUUUUGCCAGUAAAGGUUGAACUUUGCACUACAGGAAGCAGCAUCUGCUGCGUUGUGGCCCAUUAUAACAAAGCAUUUCCUCAAUGUAAAAUUGUUACUGAAUGUUUGUUUUUGAAUCAUAAACUACAAAAGGGAAGCUGUCUGUCCAACCACACCUUAGUAUCGUUUUCAUUUAGAAUGGAUGGAGAAGGGAUCAUCUGCUCUUGCACUCUGAUAUGUCACCAACUAAGCAUUUGACUCUACUCACAUGGGAAAUAUAAUGUUCAUUUGUGUCCUUUGGAUGUGAUUUGAGCUUGUAGUGCAUGAAUAUGCAGUACAGCAAAAUGUCUGACACCACCAUCUGCCAUGCGCUUCACUUUUGCCAGUAAUCGCUUCAUGUGAAAAUGAGCUUUGUUGUUUUAAAUUGUUUAGUGUUGUAACUGUGAAUGCUCAUUAAGUAUUAUUUCUUGUGAAUCCAAAACUGCUGUGUUCUGUGAUAUCACUAAGCAUCUAUUUAUUGUGUUGUUAUUGCAACCACAUUUAAACCUAAAUAAAUGUCAAA